AUGGCCAACUCGGCCCAGUAUGGCCCUCCUCUGGACCCUCCUCGCGCCGCAAAUGGUGCUCAGCCAAAGAAAGUCGCCUACUUCUACGACUCAGACGUCGGAAACUACGCCUACAAUGCCGGUCACCCCAUGAAGCCCCACCGUAUCCGAAUGGCCCACAGUCUGAUCAUGAACUAUGGCCUGUACAAGAAGAUGGAAAUCUACCCUGCCUCCAAGUACGAAAUGACCCAGUUCCACACCGAUGAAUAUGUCGACUUCCUCUCCAAAGUCACCCCAGACAACAUGGACAGCUAUGCGAAAGAGCAAGGAAAAUACAAUGUCGGUGACGAUUGUCCCGUCUUCGAUGGUCUGUUCGAGUACUGUGGUAUCAGUGCUGGUGGCAGUAUGGAAGGUGCUGCUCGUCUCAACCGUCAAAAAUGCGACGUCGCCGUCAACUGGGCUGGAGGUCUGCAUCACGCAAAAAAGAGCGAAGCCAGUGGUUUUUGUUACAUCAACGACAUUGUUCUCGGAAUCAUCGAACUUCUCAGAUUCAAGUCGCGCGUCCUCUACAUCGAUAUUGAUGUCCACCACGGUGAUGGUGUCGAAGAAGCCUUCUACUCUACCGACCGCGUCAUGACCUGCUCCUUCCACAAGUACGGAGAGUACUUCCCCGGUACUGGUGAAUUGCGUGACAUCGGUGUCGGCAAUGGUAAAAACUACGCUGUCAACUUCCCGUUGCGCGACGGCAUGGACGAUGUUGCAUACAAGAGCGUUUUCGAGCCCAUUAUCGCAAAGAUCAUGGAGUUCUUCCGUCCUGAUGCUGUUGUUCUUCAGUGUGGUGGUGACUCUCUGAGUGGUGAUCGUCUUGGUUGUUUCAACUUGUCCAUGCGUGGCCAUGCCAACUGCGUCAAGUACGUCAAGAGCUUCAACCUUCCUACCUUGGUUCUCGGAGGUGGUGGCUACACAAUGCGCAACGUCGCCCGUACGUGGGCUUACGAAACCGGCCAACUUGUUGGUCAAGAGAUGGGACCUGAGCUUCCCUACACCGACUACUACGAAUAUUACUCUCCCGACUUCGAACUCGAUGUUCGCCCCUCAAACAUGGACAAUGCGAACAGCCCGGAAUACCUUGAGAAGAUCAAACUUCAAGUUUUCGAGAACCUCUCACGCACAAGAUUCGCACCCAGUGUUCAAAUGACCGACGUACCACGCUCACCACUUGUCGUUCAGCCCAAUGAGAACGACCCUGACAAUGAGGGUGAUACUGAAGAUCUGGAUGAACGUGAGCAACGCCUCGAUGACAAGGAUGAUGACGAAAACCCAGACUCUCGCUAUACUGAACGCAAAUGGGAUGCUCGUAUUGAACGUGAUGAUGAGUUCGAAGAUUCUGACGACGAAGAGAUGGAUGCUCUUCUUGGUGUCAAGAAGCAGCCCGGCCAAGAGCGUCAACGUAUGAAGAUUACCGACCACAAGAAUCCUUUCGCCGAUACUGCUGAGGGUCCUAUCGAGUCUGGAACUGCCACUCCUAUUGACAACACAAUCCCACCAGCAGCUGCUCAAGCCGAUCAAAUGGUUGUCGAGAGAGCACAAGAGGCAAACGCCGCUGUAGGUGAUGCCAUCAUGGCUGCUAAAGCUUCGGAAGAUCCUCAUGCUGUGCAGCCUGCUCUUGGUGAAGAAGUCGCUAGCAAUGGAACUCAACGAGCAAGAUCACCGCCCAAGCCGGCAUCAACCACUGCGCAAGCUCCGGUAGCCGAGCCUGAGGAUGUCGAGAUGGGAGACGAUGACGCUGCUCAACCGCCUACAAAUGCUCCUAACGCAAACAACACGGAAGCGGGUGCUGGACCCACUGCUACACCUCCGCCGGAACCUGCAGCCGUCGAAGCUCCCACAUCAGCUCCCGAAGACGUGGAAAUGGGUGAUGGUGCUGCCGAAGCGAAAGUAGAAGGCCGUCAAGAACGUGAGGCAGAGGAUGUGGAGGGCGAGAUGAAACGUGAGGGUGAGGCUGGUGGUAUUAACUAG